UACGGGCAAAAGUAAAUUUAUGUAUAAAACAUUGUUUAAUGUUCAUCAGCACGCCCAUCUUAAUCAGACGCUCUUUUCCCAAGUCAUUUUUUAGGAGGAAGAAUGUACAGGCAGGCGCGACGUUGGUAACACACAAUUACUGAAUUGUUGUUGAAAGCAAAAUUAAUUUCAUUCAUCGUUUUCUUACUUGGUGAACGCCAACUAUAUGCAUGGCAAGAGUAAAAAGUCUGGUUUGUUUCGGCAAAAUAUUUUGUAGCUAUGUAAAUUUCACUGCAUCUCAGUCUGUAGCUAUAUGAUUUUUAUAAAGUCAUACAUAUAUGUUAUAUUUUUUUGCACAGUUUUGUUGAGGUUUAACCAUAAUUAUCAGAUUAUCAAACCUUGGUCUUAAAAUAAGACCUUAUAACAAGAAGCGACACUACUUUACAGAUUUUAGUCACGCCGACAGUUGCUAGGAGCAAGUGAUCGAUGUUCUCAGGUCGUUACGUAAGAGAAUGUUAUAAUAUAUAUGAACAACCUGAUCAAGACGAAAACUGUGAACGUUAAAAAAUCUUUUUAAGGAGUAUAAGUCUCUUUGAAAUCAAUAUAUUUUGCGGAGACGUCGCAAAACACAAAACGUGGUGUCUGUGAUUUUUUGUGCUGUUCAAAUGGGCACUUCUACAAGCAAAGUCUUCUACACCGAUGAAACAAAACCAUUGCACAAACACCAACUAAACCAAGUAAUUGCCACUCACUAUUACAUAAAGACGCCACAAGAAACCAGCAACUCGUCAGCCAAGGAUUUCAAAUUUCAGCAUUUCACUGAACGUUGCCUCCAACUUCAAGGCCAAAAGCAAGACUUGGAAUCCCAAAUCAGAAUGGAAUUGGAAAAAUGGCGCGGGAAACAUUGUAAGGACGCCUCACGUGAUGAGUGUAGGCAGAACAUUAUAGGCUUAUUAAGUGAACUGAAGACAUCUCAGCUCACUCAAGAAGAAAUGAUCACAAAAGAAAAGAUCAGACUGGAUGCAUUUAGAAAUUUAGUCAACGAAGACACUACAGAACGGCUGAAAGUAAGAUUGAAUUUUUUCUCACUGCUGAAUAAAGAACACGACAAGCUUUUGUAUCUCUUUCGAGAAGACUCGCGUGAAUGCAAAGCUAUUUGCAAGAAACAUUCUGACGUACAGUUGAGGAAAAGAACUGGAAGCAAAUUUGAAUCUUGGCUCCGUUGUCCACCGUGUACCUCAUAUGAUUAUGGAAGUGUUGGAAGCAUUUAAUUAAAAUGUUUGCAUUCCACUUUUAUACAUGUUAAUGAGAAAGAAUAAAAAAUAGAAAAUUUA